AAUUAAUGAAAAGGAAAGUGUCCCUUUGAAAAAAAAAACCGUGAAGAGUAAAGGAGGCGACGCAUCGCACACCUUCAUUCUCUCUUUCUCCGCCAUGACCAGCUCUUCCGCUCCCUCACGCAAGGCCUUAAGCAAGAUCGCGUGCAAUAGGUUGCAGAAAGAGCUUACCGAGUGGCAAUUAAAUCCUCCCACUGGAUUUAGGCACAAAGUUACCGACAAUCUUCAAAAAUGGACAAUCGAUGUGACCGGAGCUCCGGGGACGCUCUACGCGAACGAGACUUACCAGCUUCAGGUUGAAUUUCCCGUUAAUUACCCUAUGGAAGCGCCCCAGGUUAUUUUUGUUCCUCCGGCACCGUCACACCCACAUAUUUACAGCAAUGGACAUAUUUGUUUGGAUAUUCUAUAUGACUCGUGGUCACCUGCAAUGACUGUGAGUUCCGUCUGCAUCAGCAUUCUCUCCAUGCUAUCAAGUUCACCUGCAAAGGAACGCCCCGCAGAUAAUGAUCGUUACGUGAAGAAUUGUAAGAACGGGAGGUCUCCUAAGGAGACGAGGUGGUGGUUCCAUGACGACAAGGCUUGAUGCAACGAACAAGAGAAGCCCUUUAUUGUAAUAUGAAGAUGACAAUCCUCACACAUUUAAAUGUUUUCAACUUAUUGUCUCCAUCUUUUUCACUUUUACCUAUGGAAUGUCAAGCUCACACUUCCCAAUAACUCAAAGAGGAGAAAAACAUUGCCGGAAUCUGAAAUCCCAUAUACACUUUUUGAUUUUAAAUUUG